AUGGCGAGUGCAACGAAAAGUAAUAAAACAAAUAAAAUAAUUCCAGUUUCAAAUCAAGAAAAAGAAAUAUUAGUUGAACUACAUGAACUUUAUGCAAGCGAUUAUAAAAAAUACGUUGAACAUAUUUUACGAGAAUCAAAUAUACCAGCAUCAAUCAAACACAUAUAUAAAUCUUUAGAUGCACGUCAAGCUCCUCAUCGUGUCUAUAAUUAUUUUCGAAGGAAAAGGGAAAGUUUACGAAAAAGUUCAAGAUCAAGUCGUUUUAAGAAAUCUUCUCGUUCAUCAACUCGUAAUGUACUACAAAUAGAUGAACCAAUAUCAAUGGCACAGCUCGAUUUUGAAUCGGGCGAUGUUGAUGAUAAUGAUCAGCAAGAAUCGAAUAAUUCAAUAACGGAAAAUCAUACGGAUGAAACAAAUGAAAAUCAAUAUGUAAUAACUAAUGAUGAUGUACAAGAAAUUCAACUAUUAGAAAAUAAUUCAAUUCAUCAAGAAACACAAACAUUACCAUUAACAAAUAACGAACAUAAUGAAUCAAUGAAUAUUUCUAAUUCACAAUCUUCUACAAAUUUAAAAACUGAUUUAUUAUCAGUACGUACAAAUAUUCAACAAGCUUUAUAUGAACUUGAUCGUGCUAUAUCAAAAUCUGAUAGUUUAGAUAAAGAUUCGAACAAUAAACAAAAACAAAUAUUAAUUAGAAAUAAUAAUUUCUUAACAAAUAGUUCUGAUAAUAGAAAAUUAGAUGAUAUUGUUCGUUCAUUAUCAAAUGUUGUUAAUCAACAACAAGAAAAUAUUCAUUCAAUUCUUAAUGACUCAUCUAAUUUAUUCGUUGAUGAAAAUCAUCAACCAUUAGACAAUGUAUCAAAAACAAAACAACAAUCAAUUAAACAUGUUCUUCAACGUUUAAAUAAUCUUGUUGAUCGAGGAAAUUUGAUUUAUGAUAAAUUAGAAAAGAUUUUGUCAGAGUUUUGA